AUGACCGAACGCUUGCCAAAUUUUGCUUCUAUAUUCCAAUUAUUUUUUAAAAGCUCACCAAGCUCACCUUCUAAAGAAGACCAAAUCCUGACCAAUUUGCUUGAGAAAUGUGAUCGGGGAUUCAAAUUCGAUGAAAAUAAAUCUAUUAUUUCAGCACCAUAUAAAGCAAUUAAGAUUAAAACUGAUAAGAACGAACUGAUAGAAUUACGUUUGAUUAAUAAUGAAACAAGUUUUGUGAAAGAAUGCAAGCAUGAAUUAGACAUUUUUUGCAAUAAAAAUCUCAUAUUAGGUGGGAAAAUUAAAGUUGGACUACCUUGGCUUUCUAUUUUUUUUGGAAUAUCACAUGAUAAAGUUAAGCAAAAGCUUAAGAAAUUUGAAAAAUCCAUUAAAUACUCGCAAGAAAUCUGGGAAAGAGCAGAAGUAAUAUUUUCAAAAUCAUGUAUAGUACCAACUGAUGAUUUAAUUAAAGAUGUAAAUGAUGCAUUGAGAGAAAAUACUACUAAAAAGAAAAUAGAUGCGCUUCGUGAAAUAUCAGAAAAAUAUGGUAGUUUUUAUGCAUGCCGUCUUAUGUUUGGUAAGGCAAUAGUCAAAGUAGUAAAACAUGCCGAAAGCACAGAUAAAAGUUCAAAUACCAGUAGUAUCGAAGUACAGGGCGAAGUCAAACCCACGGAGAUGGCCAGUAUGGAUAUAAAUUCUACUUACAGAACUCAUAAUGAAUCAAGGAGUUUCGAUAGUUACUCAACUUCAGACACUAAAAAGAUUGGUGAUCUAGAAAAUUAUACUACGUGGGAUAUAAUUGGAUAUGACGAAAUUAAGUUGAUAUUUGAUUUGUUGGAUGAUAGUUUACGGGAAAAAGUUUUAGAUACUUUGGGUCACCGAAUUUUAUCAUCGAAUUUUAUUUGUUUAGAAUCCAAUUUUGAAAAUUCCGAGCCAUAUACUUAUAGAUUAGGAACUCCUCAGACGAAAAUUGAAGAUAUUCGUGAAUGUCAAAUUUUUGCGUCAAUUAUGAAUAAUAAUGAGGAAGAUACCUUUUCAUUGCGCGUUAAUUAUAUUGAUGAAUACACUCCAGAAAUCGUUGUUCAUCUAAUUCCUCGUGAGAGCAAAAAUAGAUUAAUUUCUAAGUUUAGAAAAAGUAAAUACCAUAGAUUUAAACUCAGCUGGGUUGUAGUUGGGCAACCAAAAGAUUUUGAUUUUGACAUGGCAGACUAUCCAAUUAUACUAAGAAGUUAUAAAUAUUCAAAUUUUAAUAAAGAAGAUGAUUUUAUAAAAAUUUCUUUUAGUGAUAUUCCAAAAUUUAGAGAAGAAAUUCAAAAAUUUCAUGAAACUUGCAUAUUGAGCACUUGUGUAUUAGAAUCGAGCACUGGGAAUAAUAACUAUCCAUUUGAAGCAUCAAUUGUUAUUGGCACACAUCUUUCACUUUUAAAUUAUUCCGCAUGUUUGUACACAUAUAAUUUAAGCGAUAAUAACCACAUUGAUGAAAAUAUUUUACAAAGGCGUUCAUUACACAUUUGUGCUGUUGAUGUAGACUUCUCGUACGAAAUAUCUGGUCAGAAAAAACUUAAAUGGAAUAAAAACGUUUCAGAUGAAGAAAUCUUCCCCGAAAAUGGAAAGAAAAAUGCUAAAAAUAAUGAAAGGGAGGAAAUUUUAAUAUUAAUAAAUCAAAUUUUAAAUUGUUCAGAAGGAUGUGUAUAUCAUGGCUCCAUAAAUAUAUAUCUUGAAAAAAUUAUUUAUGGACCGUUUAAUUCUCGUGGCAUGGAUUGUGUGGGAGGAAUAGCAUAUCUAAAAAUCAAACCUAAUGGUCAUUAA